AGAACCUGAUAGAAAAAGAUGACCCGAUCCUUGCUCUUGAUUUUAGGAGUAUUCUGUGCACUAGCUCUUGGCCAGCAAAUGAAGUGCUUCUCCACGACACGCUAUUAUGUUCCUCCUUUCAGAGCCAACUGGAUCCGGGCAACGGAGUACUGUUUCAGCAUUGGCAUGCGAAUCGCUAUCGUGCAGACACCGCAAGAACAUAACACCGUUGUCGAGUUGAUCAAGCAGUCCGAAAUCUUCAACAACGCGAGCACCAUCACCUGGCUGGGAGCUAGUGAUCUUGCCCGGGAAGGAACGUACAUCUGGCAUGCGACCGGAAUACGGCUUCAGUAUACCAACUGGCGACCGGGGCAACCGGACAACAUGAAUGGGAUCGAGCAUUGUUUGGCGUUGAUGAACAUUCCAGAGCAGGGUUGGAUCUGGCACGGCAAUGACGGACCGUGUGAGAAUGAGCAUUAUUUCGUUUGCGAUAAUGCGGAAGCGGAUAGAUAUGGGGGGAUUUUGUAGUAUUCUGUGAAUGAAUUUUUGUUGGAAACUAA